UGAAGCAAUAAACACAUCCUAAAAGUCCAAAACCAAGAAACAAAAAAGCAUACCCAAGUUCAUGCUAUCUUACGCGUAAGCACCACUAUCGUGCGCCAAACAGAUGGGAGGAGAUGUGAACGGAACUUCCGGCACCGCAGCGGCGGCGCCAACUCCGUCGUUGGCGGAGCCACAGUACGUCACUGCUAAGACGUCGGUGUGGUGGGACAUAGAGAACUGUCAGGUCCCAAAGAACUGAGAUCCGCACACGAUCGCGCAGAACAUAAGUUCGGCCUUAGUUAAGAUGAACUACUGUGGACCCGUCUCUAUCUCCGCCUACGGUGACACUAAUCGCAUCCCCGCGUCUGUCCAGCACGCGCUCUCCAGCACUGGCAUCGCUCUCAAUCACGUUCCUGCCGGUGUUAAAGAUGCGAGUGACAAGAAGAUUUUAGUAGAAAUGCUGUUUUGGGCAGUGGACAACCCUGCUCCCUCGAAUUACCUGCUGAUUUCGGGGGAUAGAGAUUUUUCUAAUGCUCUCCAUCAGUUGCGAAUGAGGAGGUAUAAUAUUCUCUUAGCGCAGCCACAGAAGGCAUCAGCGCCAUUAAUUGCAGCAGCGAAGAGUGUAUGGCUUUGGACAAGCCUUUUAGCGGGAGGUUCUCCUCUUUCAAAUGGUGAAUCUUCACUACUUGCUAAUGGUUUUAGUACCUUUAACCCUGAAACACCGUACACCCCGGUUUCUGAACCAGCUCAAGUGACCCAACCGAUGGCUUUUAGCUCAAAUACAUCAAGGGUUGGUGAAGCAAAAUAUAAGGGGAAGUUUGUGCGCAAGACCCCAAAUCAGCCUAGUGUAUCACGAACCUCAAGUGUGCCAGUCAUGAUUCAAGAAAGUAAGAACAAUGAUUACUCUUAUCAGUUGGAACAUACACAAGCAAAGCAGUUUAAGAAAGCCCCACAUGAGUUCUUUGGUGGCACCGGUGAACCUGUUGUCUCUGCAAGUAGGUCUACUCCCAAUUUUUUCCCUAGCAAUCCCGAUCCUUCAGGGAGUAAUGGAAAUAAUUUCAUAGGCAAUUUUCAGAACCAUUAUCCUCACUCUUUGAGACCAAAUAACUUCCCUAUGCAACCACCUUUUGCGCAGGAUAAUUUUCUACCUCCUAUUUCUCAAAAUCAUGGUUUUCGUGCUGUGCCUCCUGGCUCUAAUGGCCCUAGGUUCCCUACAGCUCCACUCACAAAUGUGCCUGAUAUUGGUAAAUUGAGUGUGUCUGAAUACCCCAACUAUGCUCAAAAUCAUCCUAAUUUCCGUCCUCAAAGUGGAGAAGAAUUUAAAACUAGCUAUGUUGAAUCUCCAAAUCCACCAGGCCUUAGUGUACCACUGAAAAGCCAUGUUGUGCAAAGUGGCCAGUCGAUUCAUCGUGAUACUCUAAACAAUAGGUAUCCCCAUGGUCCUGAAGUUCCAUCUUUAUCAUCAUCCUCAAUUACUACUCCUGCUUCUAGUAAUGGUACCUGGGGAACUCAAGGACGUGCACCACCUGAAUAUGUUCAAGGCCUUAUUGGGGUUAUCUUACUUGCCUUAAACACCCUGAAAACUGAGAAAAUUAUGCCUACGGAAGGAAACAUAACUGAUUGCAUUCGUUAUGGCGAUCCAAAACACCGCAAUACCGAUGUAAGAAAAGCUUUGAAUAGUGCAAUGGAGCAAAAUAUGGUAGUGAAACAGAACAUAGGUCAAUUGCAGUUGUAUGUUCGUAAAAAUGACAAACUAUGGAAGUGUGUGAACCCUAUAAGUGGUAAUCCUAAUCAAUACCCAAAAGAAACAUGGGAUGGAAUACAAAAGUUCUUAUCUUCCUCAGCUGGAAGAUCGGCAAUGAUGGCUUCUCAAUGCAGGUAUGAAGCAGCUUUGUCCCUUAAAACAGCAUGCUUGGAAGAACUUGCUCUUGGUGAUGUGCUUCAGAUCUUGAAUAUGGUAAUAACCAUGAAAAAAUGGAUUGUUCAUCAUCAUUCUGGAUGGUUACCAAUUACUAUUACCCUUCCCGAGACAAAAAGUGAAACUGGUAGUGAAACCAGUGCUUGAUCAAACUAAAAUCAGUUUGGUACUGAGAAGUGGCCCAAGUAAGUGGUCAUAGUUGCUACAUACUAAAUUCGAGACAUGGGCAUGGGCCACUUAGAAUUACAAUCAUAAGUGUCUAAAAGUCAUGGUGAAUGGGAACGUGUAGAUCAUGAAUCAAGUAAGUAGUUUUAGGUUAUUCUCUCCCUCUCUCCCCCUCUCUCUCUCCCUAUCUCUUUUUCUUUUCUUUUUUAAAUCUUGUUUGGUGGGAAACUCUGAUGGGCGUAUGUGGAUAGAAGGAAAGCCGCUUAUGGGUUUGGACAAGUAUAAUCCAGUAUUGAAUUUUUCUGUGGCAGAGUUUGCAGUAGUAAGUUGCAUUACGUGGAGUUUAUC